AUGCUAAUGCUCUGCCAAUCAGGGCCUAAGAGGUCUGUUGAGGCAGAACCCCGUCCUUCUAACUCCGAUACGAAUGCUGCUGAUACGACCUUAGUCGACGUUGUUGGGGAGGACAGCGGCACUCCUGAAAACCUGUCGGAGGAGAGGAGGAAAACCAGCUCGCGAGAAGGGGGUUCUGGUGAUGAGCCCGUUGCGAACGAGAGGUCUGCUCCCGACUCUUCUGCGAGAAAAAGUUCUCGACCUGAAGGUUCUGAUCGCGUCGAGUUUUCUUAUGGUGAGACAACUCCCCUAAUCCUUAAUCCCCUUAGAUGCGCGGAACUGACGCGCCAAAUUCGUGGUGGGACGAAGGAGAUGCCGCAACUGGAAGAUCUCUACUUCAGGAAUGAAUACAUUGACGCUGCUUCUUCGAGAGCGCGGAGUGACGGGAGCAUGAACUUCCUUGUCGAGAAGUACGACAGUGCUCUGAAGCAGACGAUGAUCAAGUUGGGAUCUUCAGAGAAGCUUGCUCAGGCGAGGUUGAAGGCCAUCGAGAGAGUAAGGGCGGAGCAUAAGAAGGCUAACGAGAAGGCUGAGAAGGAGACGGAAAUCCUUCGAGUGAAGUUCGAAGAGCUGGAGGGUAAGCUCAAAUCCGACAGAGCGGCGAAGAAAGAGCUUGCCCGAGAGAACACUCGUUUGGAGCAAGCGGCUGCGACCCUUGAGAAGGAGAAGGCUGAGCUACUCGAAGAAAGGGACGCUGCAGUGGAGAAAUUGAUCAGAGAGAGGCAACGCUUGAAGGACUCCCGGGGGUUGGAGGUUACUCGUGAGAGGGAAAGGGUUGAAAUUGCUAUGGUCGAGAAGGCAAAUCGCUGUUUUGGUCUCGUACGCGACCAUUUUACUCGCUUGGAUGCCUUUGGGAAAGCGAAGAACCUGUACGGUCAAGCUUCGGAGACGAAGAAGUGCCUUGAGAUGAUAAAGGCCAGUGGGACGGAGAUCCCACAAGAAAUGAUCGACGUCUUUGCUGAGCAGGAGAAAAUCCAUGAGACGGAGGCUACGAAACUUUGUGUAGGUCCGCUAUCUGAUAGCGACCCCACUCUUUCUCCGCUGGUUCUUCCUUCUCGCUUCGUCGAGGACAGGUUUAGAGCAUCGUUUGAUCCUUAUGGAUCGAACGUAAAUUUGAUCUGGCCAGAGACGGCUUCUCAGCUCAUUACCUCGCUCGAAAUUAUUGAGGAGCCAUCAGAAGAGCCAUUGGUUGACGUCACGUCGGUCCCCGCUGAGCACGUUGAGGUCCCAGAGGGAGGUGGUUUUGAGGAACGUCCAGAGAAUGAGAACCUGGAGGAGGUGCCUGAAAAGGACAACCUCGAGAUAGGCGACACUCCGGUUCGAGAGGAAGAGACCGAGAACGUGGGCAUCGAGGAUCCUGUCCUUGUCUCAGAUUUUUCCUCCGAAGGACGAGAAGACGAAGAGGAGGAAGAUGAUAGAGCCGAGGAGACGUCGCCGCCGCAGCCUGUCGAGGAAGAGACGACCAACGAAGUUGGGGAUAGAGCCGUUCCAAACCCCCGCCUCCUACUGUGGACUCCCUUGUCCAUGUUCCUACUCGAGUGGAAGACCCGGCUGCUGCCGCUACUGAAGACCCAGUCGGUCCUCUUACUCUUGGAACGCCGGAGGAGGAUGAUCAAGAUUCUGUGCCUUGACGCUUUGCUUAUGUUGUUUUUCUUUGUGCUUUUUGUGUUUGUGGUCUUGAUAGACCUUGCUAUUGUACGACUAGACAUUCUUUCAUUUUGUCGGUAA